UUGCCGCGUGCGGGUUUGUUUAUAAAUACAAUUAAACCAAUAGGCGAAAUUCCCAGUUGAAUUCGUACUAACAAUCAGAAAGUCAUUACUUCAAGAAACCAUUCAGGAUGCCCGUAGUCGAGGGCACCGAUCUGGUGCAUCUGCAGCGACGUCGUCAGCAGGUGCGGAACAUCUGUAUCCUGGCGCAUGUGGACCAUGGCAAAACCACUCUAGCGGAUUCACUGGUGGCCAGCAAUGGCAUCAUUUCGCAGAGGAUGGCGGGCAAGCUGCGCUACCUGGACAAUCGGGCGGACGAACAGGAGCGGGGCAUUACGAUGAAGAGCAGCAGCAUCUCUCUGUACUAUCAGGAAGCAGAGGAAAUCGCUGGUAAUCCGGACUACCUCAUCAAUCUUAUUGAUUCUCCCGGUCACGUGGACUUUUCUAGUGAGGUUUCCACUGCGGUCCGUUUAUGUGAUGGUGCCAUUGUCGUGGUGGAUGUGGUAGAGGGCGUAGGUCCCCAAACCCGAGCCUGUUUAAAGCAAAUCUACGAGGAGCAACUAAAACCCGUAUUGGUUCUCAACAAACUAGAUCGCCUGAUACUGGAGAAGCAGAUGGAUCCGCUGGAUGCCUACUUCCACUUGACCCAAGUCCUGGAGCAAGUUAACGCCGUUUUGGGCAGCAUUUUCGCAUCCGAUAUUUUAGCCAGGGAGGAUAUUACCAAAAAAGACAACUACGAGUCUGCCUUGGAGGAAGUGGAUGACUCCGAGCUGUAUUUCUCACCCAGCUCAGGCAAUGUAAUCUUCUGUUCCGCCUACGAUGGCUGGGCAUUUUCCGUCCGGGACUUUGCAGCCAUGUAUGCCAAGCGAUUAGAGUUGAAGCGAAAAGAUCUAGAGCAGGUCCUCUGGGGCGACUUCUACUACAACUCCAAAAAGAAAGAAGCUUUGCCGGGAGCCCAAGAAAAGGCUAAGAAGCCCAUGUUUGUGCAAUUCGUGCUGGAGAAUAUCUGGAGCCUUUACGACAUCAUAGCUAUUAGAAAGGAUAAGGAUAAGCUGCCUGGGAUAGCGGAGAAAUUGGGUCUGAAAUUAGCCGCCAGAGAUUUGCGUCUCACAGAUCCGAAGUUGCAGAUCAAAGCGGUUCUUGGGCAGUGGCUACCCAUCGAUAAAAGUGUCCUGCACAUGGUGAUUAACCAUGUACCUCCACCUCACAAAAUCAGCGAGGAAAGGGCCCAGAGAUUGCUCUAUCCAGCGAAUGUGGAUCUGAGUUCCCUUCCGUCAGAAACCCUGAAACUCAAGGAGAGCUUUACCAGUUGCGAUGCCGAUAGUUCAAAUGUUAUUGCGUUUGUGUCCAAGAUGACCCCCGUACAUGUGUCGCAUUUGCCACAGAAUCGACCCAAGAGGUUAACGGAUCAGGAAGUGCAGCAACGCAGAGAUGAGGUGCGUCGUCGUAUUGAAGAAAGGAAGCUACAAAGUGAGCAAGCAGAGCUUGAAAAGAUUAGCCAGGGCGUGGAGCAGCUGAGCACUCAGGUGGAGGUCACAAAGAAGGACGAACCCGAACUAGAAGAGGGAGAGGCCAACGAGUUUGUUUUCAUAGCCUUCGCUAGAGUCUUCAGCGGCACUUUGAAACGCGGUAUGGAAUUGUUUAAUCUAUCGCCCAAACACGAUCCUCGUCAGCCGACGCACCGCAGGGAAGAUGAAGCCCCCUUCGCCAGUCGUGUGACCAUCGGAGAUCUUUACAUGUUUAUGGGAGGUGAGCUGCAACUCCUGGAUGAAGUGCCUGCGGGAAAUAUUGUAGGAAUCGGUGGUCUAGAAUCGCACAUCGUCAAAACAGCUACCUUAAGUAGCAGUUUGGAUUGCACCUCGUUCAGCGAACUUAGCAUUAUGGCCACUCCUAUUCUCCGCGUAGCCAUCGAACCUGUUCAGCCGCAAGAUAUGCCCAAACUGGUAAAAGGAUUAAAGCUUUUGAAUCAAGCAGAUGCCUGUGUACAGGUGUCUGUCGCUCCCACUGGUGAGCACGUGAUUACCACUUUGGGCGAAGUCCAUGUAGAGAAGUGUGUCCACGACCUAGAGCAGAGCUAUGCCAAAGUUAAGGUAAACGUCUCCAAACCGAUUGUGUCCUUUAGGGAAACAAUUGUGCCCGCUGCUACCGUGGAUAUGGUUAAUGAGGCUAUUGUGAAAACGGCGGAGGACAAGGAUGUGAACAAGAAGAUCGCCAUCCAACAUACUCUCAACAAACGGGGUACUCUUAAGGUGAUCGCGGUGCCUCUGCCCGCAGAAGCAGUGGAGUUGUUGGAAAAGCACUCGGAGUUUUUCAAGGAACUGGCUGCCAUUUCUCGAAACCAACUGCUCUCAGAGAAGUGGACUACACUGCUGGCCUCCAUUAAAGUGAAACUAAUCGCAGCUCUCCGGGAUGUACAAUUGUUUGGCUUAAGUUCCCUAUCCACCGAAGAGCUUGUAAAUCGAAUCUGGGCCUUAGGUCCUCGGAAUUGCGGCACCAAUAUAUUGCUUAACCUUAGCGACUAUGAGCAACCAGACUUUUGGUCCAGUCAUGCCAAGUCCUCCGAUACAGAUAUUCGUUCCAAAACCGAUACGCGCAAGGACUUCAAUAGUUCUUUGGUGAAUGGCUUUCAACUGACCUCGGUAGCGGGUCCUUUGUGCGAAGAGCCCAUGCAGGGCGUUUGUUUUGUGGUUCUCGAGUGGUCAAUCCAAACUGAAGGCGAGGAUUUAAAUUCCCGUGGUCCCUUUUCGGGUCAAGUUUUGACUGCUGCCAAGGAGGUUUGUCGUCAGGCCUUUCAGAAUCAGCCGCAACGAUUGGUCACGCCCAUGUAUAGCUGCAAUAUUGUGGUUAAUGCGGAAAUGUUAGGUAAAAUGUACGCGGUAAUUGGCCGGCGGCACGGCAAAAUCCUCUCCGGCGAUUUGACCCAGGGCAGCGGCAACUUCGCGGUCACCUGUCUGCUGCCGGUGAUCGAGUCGUUCAACUUCGCCCAGGAGAUGCGAAAGCAGACAUCUGGCCUGGCCUGUCCCCAGCUCAUGUUCAGCCACUGGGAGGUGAUUGAUAUCGAUCCCUUCUGGCUGCCCACGACCGAGGAGGAGCUGAUGCACUUCGGCGAGAAGGCGGACUCCGCCAACCGGGCCAAGGUCUACAUGGACAGUGUCCGGCGGAGGAAGGGCCUCUUCGUGGACGAGCAGGUGGUGGAGCACGCGGAGAAGCAGCGCACCCUCUCCAAAAACAAGUGAUUUUGGAGGCGAUCACGGGUUUCAAAAGCUUGUCUGGCUUUCUGCCAAAACUGGAUUCUAAAAAAGAUGCUGAGGAAUAUAUAUAUUUUUUAUUAUUUACAAUUAUUU